GAGGUUUUGAAACUGUGUUGCCUACAUGGUUGAAUCAUUAAUCAUAUGAUCAAUACAAAUGUUUUGAAGGACCUUCUUUAGCAUGAGACUCCCUUUAUAAGAGACGGUUCAGUUCAUGUCGAGACCUGGAUGAUCAGUCCUCAUCAUGGAUCUGAACGCUAGCUGCUGUUGGAAACGGCUCCUUCUGUUCUCUCUCCUUCUCGUCUGUGUCAGUGGACAAACAUCAGGGCCAUCUUUCACAGUGACAUUUCCUGCAGUGAUCGAGUCGGGAUCUGAAGCUAAACUGUGUGCAAGUCUUCUCAAGCCCAAUGAAAGCCUUGUCAUGAACAUUUAUGUGGUUCAUGGUAACCAGAGCACUUUACUGCUGCAGGAGAAAGCUGAGGAAGAGUUUCACCGCUGCUUUAACUUCAAGGCUCCUCUGGUAGAAGCAGAAUCAGUGCAGAAAAUGAAGGUAGAACUUCAAGGAGAGUCUUUCAAGAUGACUGAAGAGAGAAAAGUCAUGUUCAGAUCUUACCAUCCUCUGACCUUUAUCCAGACUGAUAAACCCAUCUAUACUCCAGGACAGACAGUGAAUUUUAGAGUUGUUACCAUGGAUAAAAACUUUUCACCACUUGAUCAGCAGUACAGUACAGUGGUGCUUGAGGACAGUAAAGGUAACAGGAUUGGUCAAUGGACAAAUGUUUCUUCGACAAGGUGGAUUUUGCAGCGCUCUUAUGAAUUAAACCCAGAAGCCCGUCAAGGCAUGUACAAACUAAAUGCUUUUAUUGGUGAAAGGAUUAUCUCGCAUUAUUUUGAGGUGAAAAAAUAUGUUUUACCUAAGUUUGAAGUUACUGUGACAGCACCAAAGACAGUGUGCAUAGAUGAUAAGUUAAUGGCAGUUGAGGUUUGUGGAAAAUACACUUACGGGCAGCCUGUACCUGGUAAAUCAUGGGUGAAAGUGUGUCGUGAUAUUCCAAGCUACUCUUACAGGCCUGACAAACACAGUCCAAUAUGUGUGAAUGAAACCACUGAGAUGAAAAAGACAGGCUGUGCCAUCCAUACCUUAGAUGUAUCUGCCUUUUUAAAUUCAACAUAUGAGGAUCGACUAGAAAAUUCUCUUCAUGUUGAAGCAACAGUCACAGAAGAAGGAACAGAGAUCACCAUGACAAACUCUGAAACUAUAUCUCUCACUUAUGAAGUUGGCAAAUUCACACUUACUGACCUGCCCAAAACAUAUGAACAUGGAGAAGUUAUAGAAGGAAAAAUCAAACUCUCAAAUUUCAAAGGCGCACCAAUUCAAAACAAAGUUGUUUAUCUUUUGGAGGGUGAAACCUGGUCCUCAAAACUGCUCCUAAAUCUCACUACGGACAGCGAUGGACUGGCCAGCUUCUCUCUUAAUACGUCUAGUCUUUCUAAAAAAGAUAUUAAUCUGAUGGCAAGUGUGUAUCCAGCAUUUCAGUAUCAUGGUUACAAAACACCUUACUUCUCUACGGAUAGAGAAACAGUUCAGCUUUACCAGCCUGCCACUCCAUACACGCCAACAUUAAGUGAACUGAUUAUAGAGAAUAUUGAGCAACCAUUGAAGUGUGAUGCUGAGUUUACAGUGACCAUCAAGUAUUAUUUUGUUGGAGAGACUGCUGAAGUCUUCAAAACUGACAUUGUCUAUAUGGUCUUGUCCAGAGGAGUGAUCGUUCAUCAUGGAUAUGAGAAGGUUGAAGUGAAGUCUUCUAAUGGAGCAGCAAGUGGCACAGUGUCAUUUAAACUGUCUGUUGGUGCAGAUCUGGCUCCUGCAGUGCAGAUUCUGGCCUACUGUGUUCUGCCCAGUGAAAAUGUUGUUGCUCGUAGCACAAAAUUUGACAUUGAAAAGUGUUUCAAAAACAAGGUGUCUCUGCAGUUUUCUCCUGCUAAAGCAGUUCCUGGUGAGAAAAACACUCUCCAGAUCUCAGCUCAGCCUGGUUCACUGUGCGCCCUCGGUGCUGUAGAUCAGAGCGUCCUGAUCCUGAAGCCAGGAAAACGUCUGGAUACUGAUAAGAUCUUCAACAUGCUGCCAGUGCAAUCAGUGUCAGAUUAUCCUUACGGUGUUGAAGAUGAGCGGGGAUGUCUGCAUGUGAGACCCCGUCGAGCUGUACCAACAGACAACACCUAUGAAUCCUUGAAGAGUGUGGGACUGAAAAUGGCAACAAAUUUGGCUGUGCGAGUCCCUCAGUGUCUGUCAUACAAGGGCUUGACUUAUCACAGAUAUGAAGAUCUAGUGGUGUUUCAUUAUUACAAAAGUCUAUCUGGUGUAGCGUUUGAUUUGAAUGAUGGAGGCUCUUCAGUUGAAGUGACAGUUCGUUCAGUCUUUCCUGAAACAUGGAUUUGGCAACUUGCUGCAGUUGGGGACUCUGGAUCAGCUCAGGUUCCUGUCACGGUUCCUGACACCAUCACCUCUUGGGACACGGAGGCCUUCUGUCUGUCCUCCAAAGGUCUGGGUCUGGCUCCUCCUGCUCAGCUGACAGUUUUCCAGCCCUUCUUCCUGGAGCUCUCUCUGCCUUACUCCAUCAUUCGUGGGGAGAUCUUUGAGCUGAAGGCCACUGUCUUCAACUAUCUGUCCAAGUGCAUCAUGGUUAAAGUGACUCCAGCUCCUUCCUCAGACUACACUCUCAAAGCCUCCUCUGAUGAUCAGGAUUCAUCCUGUCUGUGUGCUAAUGGAAGAAAAACCUUUAAAUGGAUCCUCACUCCUUCUGUUCUUGGAGUCUUGAAUAUUACCGUCAGUGCAGAGGCAGAGGCGUCCCAGACUGUGUGUGACAAUGAGAUUGUGAGCGUGCCAGAGAGAGGACGCAUUGACAUAGUCACACGAAGUCUGCUUGUACAGGCUGAAGGAACUGAAAAGACAGAGACCUACAGCUGGUUACUGUGUCCAAAGGGUGACAGUCUCUCAGAGGAAGUGGAUCUGACUCUUCCUAAAGAUGUGAUAGAGGGAUCAGCCAGAUCUUCUGUUUCAGUCAUUGGAGAUAUAUUGGGUCGUGCACUGAGCAAUCUUCAUGGAUUAUUACGGAUGCCGUACGGCUGUGGUGAACAAAACAUGGCUGUUCUUUCUCCCAAUAUUUACAUUCUGCAGUAUCUGGAAAACACAGAGCAGCUCACCUCAGCCAUCCGAGAAAGAGCCACCGGCUUCCUUAAGAGCGGAUACCAGAGACAACUGAACUACAGACAUAACAGUGGUGCAUACAGCACAUUUGGUUUUGGACAUGAAAAUACAUGGUUGACUGCCUUUGUCCUGAGGUCUUUUGGCAAAGCACAGAAAUACAUAUUUAUCGAUCCACACAUUAUUCAGAGUGCAAAGGAAUGGUUAAUAAGCAGACGAGAUUCAGACGGUUGUUUUAUCCAACAGGGAAGACUGUUCAACAACAGAAUGAAGGGUGGAGUGAAUGAUAAUGUGACCAUGACUGCCUACAUUAUUGCAUCACUGCUUGAACUGGAAACUCCAGUCACAGAUCCUGUCGUCACUAAAGGUUUGUCAUGUUUGAGGUCCGUCAUUGAGGAUGUCAAAAACACUUACACCACUGCUCUGCUCGCCUACACUUUCAGUCUGGCUGGAGACACGGACACUCGACAGAAGCUUUUCAAGAAACUGGAGGAUGUUGCUAUUUCAGACGGGUCUCGUCUCCACUGGUCUCAGUCUGCAUCUGCUGAUGACUCUGAUUCUCUGGCAGUGGAGAUCAGCUCAUAUGUGCUGCUAGCUGCUCUCACUGCAGAGACACUCACUACAGCUGAUCUGGGCUUUGCUAACAGGAUUGUCAGCUGGCUUGUGAAGCAGCAGAAUGCCUAUGGAGGAUUCUCCUCCACACAGGACACAGUGGUGGCUCUUCAGGCUCUGUCUUUGUACGCCACCAAAGUGUUCAGCUCUGACGGCUCCAGCACAGUGACUGUACAGUCAGCAGGAGACACUCACCACUUUGAUGUCAAUCAGGACAACAAGUUACUGUACCAGGAGAAGCAGCUGCAGAACGUUCCAGCCAAAUACAGCAUUGAAGUGAAGGGCUCAACCUGUGUGUCUGUGCAGAUGGCUCAGUUCUACAACAUUCCCACUCCUUCUGAAACUAAAACACUGAGCAUUGAUGCUAAGAUUGAGGGAGAUUGCAAAACAUUGGGACAAAAUUUCAUUUUGAACUUCACUGUCAAAUAUCAUGGUCCCCAGGAGGCAACGAACAUGCUCAUUGUGGAUAUUAAACUUUUAUCAGGAUUCACAGCUGAUACAUCAUCUCUUAGAAUGCCAUUUGGUUCAGCAGUACGUGCUCAGAUGAAUGUGGAGCGGGUUGACACAAAAGAAGACCGUGUCAUCGUUUAUUUAACAGAGAUUCCAAAACAUAUUUCUAUGAAUUACAAGAUGAAAAUGAAACAGGUCCUACCAGUAAAGAAUCUCAAGCCAGCAGUGGUCAAAGUAUAUGAUUACUACCAAACAAGUGAUCAGUCAGAGACAGAGUACUCCUUCCACUGUCAAUGAGAUCAUGCCCUUCAAUUCUGCAGCUCAUAAUACUGUAUGAGCAGUUAUUCUCAGUGGCAUUGGUUUAUUACAUUUGUGAUUUUCAUGUGUGUUUUUAAAUGUGCACUCAGUGGCAGUAGGUCACUCACAAUUUUGUUUGUAAUUUGUUCUUGUUUUUGAACAGAACAUGUUUGAUCUUAUCAUAGAAAAUAAAUCAUUUUAAUGUUGUAAAAAAUAAUGAAACCACCAAAAUAUUGUACAAUAAACUUUAACGUUUUCAGAACAUCCCAGGAAAAAGUUGCUCUAUAAAUCUAUGUUGCCUUCAAAAAUCGAUCAGAUGAUGGAGAAAGGAAGUGAAGCUGACACUGAAGCUAAGACACAAGGAAAGGAAGCAUAAAAAGGAAACAAGAGUACACAAAUAAGAAAUGAGAAGCACCCAUAGACUACUUUAAAUUUCGAAGUUCAGUGAAGUUGAAAAAAUCAUAAAAAUGAUGCAAAAGCAACUAAGUAUUGUAGUAUAACCAAGGAGAACAGUGUUGUGUGAACUGAAUUCGGCGGCAUUAUAUUGCAUAACAGUGAAAUAAUGGAUUUAUUUUUUUCUAAUAACAGUGAUGUUAUUGAACUUUUCACAAUAAAAAUCAUAAAAAUGA